AUGCAGUGGCUGACUUGUCCAGGAGUAGCUUCGUGGGGCCUGCCGAAGAUCAAGCCUGAUUUCUGGUCCAGCAUGAUUCCAGGCGGAAGCUUCGGAGUAGCGAUGAAGAGGCAGCCUUGGAGGUCAGAGGCCCCGCGAUCAGGCCAUAACUCAAUCAGCUGCCCAACGCAACUCUCCGUGCUGCUGGCCAUGUACCGGAAGAAGAUGCUGGCCGGGUGCGAGAGGGAUUCGAUCAGCCAUCCCCACCGCAGCGACAGCUUCCGCCGCACGUGGAUCCGUGAGUCGCCAGGUCAGCUGCAGCACGAGAUUGCUGACCCAUUGCCGGCACAAUGCUGCCAGCAAGGAUCCCAUGCUGCUUGUGCUGCUUGA